AACAGAUGAUAGUAGAAUGGAUUUCUUUUGUUCAUUUGUUAAGUUCAGUGUUCUGUCGCAACUGUUGACCGACUCUUUUCGAGAAACAAUUUCAAGGACUCGGGGUCACAUGUAAGGAGAGAACGGACAGACGGACAGCCAGAAAGACGAGCAGACCAACACUGGUUGAUCCGUGAUCAAGAGAUUGACGGCGAUAAUGAUAUACAGCGGUCUGAAGCUACGCCCCCACAAGUUCGCUGUAUAUCAAGUGGGAACCCAUUGAAAACACACUCCAUAACUUGUCCCUUGCAGUCCAAACAUACAAUGGAACUCAUUUCAAGCAUCACGUUGGCGUUUGGAGUUCUCGGAUUCAGUGCACUGGUCGCAAAGUGGACGCUGUCCAGAAGGAAGUUAUCGCUACCCCCAGGGCCAACCCUCCUGACUGUUAUACGAGAUCUCUACAAAGCUGGUUUUUCGAAUUCAGCCCAUACUCAGUUUGAACAAUGGGCUAGACGAUAUGGCGAAUUGUUCUGUGUGUCGAUCCCCGGACAGACCAUUAUUGUUAUCAACUCCGUGCGAGUCAUCCGCGAGUUGUUCUCCGGUACCUACAAAACUAUCACCAAUGACCGACCUCCUAGCUUUGUGGGCAAGUAUGUGUUUCGAGGCUGCGGUAUCACCUUCUCAAGUGCUGGAAAAUAUUGGAGAAAACUCAGGCAACUAUUUCACUCGUCGGUAAACAUGCAUGUGGACGGGGGCAUGAAGAUUGAAAACACUCUUAGGUCCGAAAUGAAGGUGACUCUCGGCGAGUUGAACAUUCAAGCUGAAUCUGGCACUGUGCAGCUGCAUGAGAUCAUUUCCGAUUAUCUAAUGAACGUCCUUCAUAUUCUUCUGACUGGUGAACGCCCCUUGCCUGGCAGUGACAACAUCGCCAUCAUGAGAGAGAUGGACGACCUCCUCAACAGGUCCUUGGGCAUCGAUCAAGAGUCCGUUCUGACCAAUCUACCCUUUCUCCGGCAUCUCCCAAACAGCUAUGGCCGUCGCUGGAAAAGGAUUGAGGCGACCAGGGCCAAGCUUACCAAACUGUUCUUCACCGACUAUAAGGUGAACUUCCGGUCCGGAGAUGGUGUCUUAGAUAGGUUUCUGGAAGAGGCCUCCAAAGAAGACUCCCCGGUGACGAAAGAUGACGUCCUUGCCCUCAUCUUCGAACUGGUGGCUGCCGGGUACGUGACGUCCAAGUCCACCCUGCUUGGUAUGAUGCUGAUGAUCCUCCACAGACCGGACAUCCAGCAGAAGCUUCAGAAGGAGAUCAGCGAGGCCAUUGGGGACAGGGUACCUAGUCUGAAAGACCAUAUGAACACGCCUUACUUUGAUGCCUUUUUAUUUGAAAUGAUGCGAUACACGAGCCAGCUCCCUUUGGGGUUACCACACAUGAUCAGAGAAGAGAUCGAAUACAAUGGAUGCCGUAUCCCAGAAAAGUCUAUGCUCCUACCGAACCUGUACUAUAUGAACCAUGAUCCCACCCAGUGGAAGGAGCCAUGGCAGUUCCGUCCAGAGAGGUUCCUGGAAGAAGAUGGGAGCCUCGUCAGUCCUCUUAAUGAUGCCAGACAAAAGUUUGUGCAGUUCGGGAUAGGGAAGCGCAGCUGUCCAGGACAGAACUUUGCUCGGUCACGAAUCUUCAUGUUCAUUGCUUCGAUUUUUCAAGAAUUUGACAUAUUACCCCCCGACGACGAACCCCUCCCGUCCUGCAACCCCGCCACCUGGGAACCCGGCCUCAUUCUGAUGCCAAAGUACGUGCGUUGUAAAGUACGCCGUAGGCAAACUGUACCUGCGCAAACAGAAUGAUCAGUUUCCUUCCUUCCGGUUCGUCUAUUCUCACGAAGUCUCCACGGACUCAAAACGCACUCAGCAAUAUUCCAGCUAUAUGGCAACGUUCUGUAAAUAAUCGAGUCUGGACCAGACAAUCCAAUGAUCAACAGCAUGAGCAUCGAUCUACGCAAUUGGGAGCCUGCGAGCCUGAUCACCCGAUCCCGUUAGUCGCCUCUUACGACAAGAAUGGGUUGCUGAAGAUCAAUUCUAACCCGGAUCUUCUCGGGUUCCCGUCAUGAUGUCACCCUCAGACACGCUUGUUUCACUAUUGGCCAUUAUGGUAAUUUCAUAUUCUUCUAGAAUCACUCUAGAAUCCACUUCAUUGAAAUUCUUUAUGACAUUAACUGUUGCCGUGAUACAAUUUUAGACUGUGAGUGUUUCCGUGUUUCCGUGUCCUUAUCAAAGAUACCUUGAAUAACACGCCUUAAUGUUUUUUAACACAUUCGUCAUCACUCACCCCUUUCCGUAACUUCAACGAAGGCUUGUACGAGUGGGUUACGAACAUUUGUACACAUGUCAUCACAUGAUUUUGUCUGUUUUAUAGAUUAUGCUUAUGUAUUGUUUGUUAUCAUCGAGUGUGUGUAUUGGAAAAGUAUGUUUGUGUCUGCCAAUUAUUCAUUCUCUCCAUUCAGCCAGUAUUCAUCAGCUUUUAAAAUGCGCACAAGAAAGUUUAUAUACGCAUUUACAUAUAAGUCAAAUAAAACAAAUUGCGAACUAACAAAAGUUAUAAAAAAUUUAUCUGAAUGAUUAUUAAUGUAUUGAAAUGUCCGUUACAAACCUAAGUAUGGCAACCGUCAUUGUCACGUGGUUAUGUCGCCCUGCGAGAUGUACAGUUAAACCUGUUUUGAUUGGUUUCCGCUUUAACCUUUGUUCUAAUUUGUUCUGUCAAUGUGUUAUAAUCUUUGUCUUGAUCGGUUGAUCACUGUGGCGCUCAGCUACGUUUAUUACCCAUACGAAAACGUUGUGGCUGCGAACGAAAUCUGUUGUCGACUCGGACUCGGACUAAGUUUAGAGUUAUCGUUCCUGACAAGGACACUGACGUGAACCAAAACUAGGUCACAGUGCGUUUCAACAAAAUGUUGACAAAAAUUCAUAAUUGUGUAUCGUCUUCUUAAAAAAAAAAUUCACCAACCCUGCGUUUUAUUGUUCCCUUGCAGAUUUUCACUGUUUUAUGUUAAAAUAGAUUGACAGGAUUUUGCUGUUUUGUAUCCAACAACAGUCACCCACUUUCUGACACGAGUAGGCUAGAUCGACACAGUUGCGAUCUACGACUAAAUAUUGAAUAUGUGAUUGUACUCGUUGAAAAUGAACUUAAACUUUACAAUGGGGUGUGGUUAAUAAAAUCGCCAUCAAAGGAAUUUGGAAACUGUUUAAUUGCGUUGUUUUUCAUAUCGUUUUAUACAGCACUAUAUUGUGGUUCGAAUGCGAUUCCAUUUAACUUGAGCAGUUUGGUUUCAUUUGCGCAUUAAUACAGAUUACCUGAUUUAGUUGUAAACACUUACAUAAGAAGAUGCGGCUUUGAUUUCAUAAAUGCUUCAUGUUUCAUGGUUUAAUUACAGAAUGGGUGAUAAAUAGAAUAACCCACGAGGUACGAGUGAUUGCGGGAAACCUUAAUUUAACUCGGGACAUAUUUCCCGUAAUCACUCGUACCUCGUGGGCUAUUCUCCAAAUCUUUCGAUACAGAAAGACAAAGUUUGGAUACCCUCUCCGGUGCCAUUGUUAACAAGUUAUGACACAUAAUUGGAAAUAAAAUAUUGUUGAAAAUGA